GCUGGACCCCUUGCAACAGCACGUCCCGCGCCGGCUGAAAUACGAUGCAACCUCCGGCAGAGGAAGGUGACGGAAGCGGAGCAGCAGCGCCGAUCACGAAGCUCUCUCGGCUGGCGCUCAAGGACGCGCUGCUGGAGCUGGAGAUUGCGGCCCGCAAGACCCGGGAUGCCUCCUCCAGCGCGGUCCUGCAGCUCUUCCAGAGUGCGGAGAAGCGGUUCGGCCUGGAGGUGGAGAUCCCGGACCCAGCGCUGCGGAACCUCUUCCAGCUGCAUGUGCUGGCUGUGGAAGAACUCCUUGCCCAGGUGAGGUCACAGGCCCUGGCGACUCUGGAGGCCAUUGAGCUCUGGAGCCUGCCACCCCUCGGCCGUGCGGCGCCCGCCCUCAGGGUACUGAGCGAUUGCGAGCUCGGGGACGAUUGCGCCGUGGGCCUUGAGGUGGCGGCAGACCUGAAGGAAGCGGAGAGGUCAGUGCUUCAGGCCAGGGAUCGCUGCAUCGGCAGGCUCUCCGCAGAGGUCUUCGCCCCCAUGGACCAGAGGCUGCACACCCACGAGCAGAUUCGCGAGGCGCUGCGGCAGCGGCGGCGCCUGGGGAAGUUCGCGGACUCGGCGCGGCUGGCGGUGGCAACGCUGCGGAAGGGCGAGGUGGCUGAAACCGGUCUCCGCUCUCUGAGUGGCAUGGGUGGGCCGCUGGAGGAGGCUGAGGCGCGUCUGAAGGAGGACAUGCAGCGGGCCAGCCAGCUGGACGAGCAGGUUCUGCUGCAGCUUAUGCAGCUGAAGAAUACCAGUGUGGAUGUGGUGAAGGUGCCCUGGGCCUCUUUAGUGCAGAUCCAGGCGGAGUACUUCAUGGCGCAACAGGUGGCUUGGGCACCGCUGGGCGAAGCCUUCGACGACUACGGGGGCCUCGCCUCGGUGCAAAUCACCUGAGCCGAGUCGCGAAGAAAGUGUUGCA